CUCACAACUCAAACUCCUUUACAAAGAAGAAGAAGAAGUACCCAAAACAAAAAGAAAAAAAAAAAAAGCAUCAUCCUUACCAUCAUCAUGAGAAGCCACUCAAACCCAAAAUCCAAAGCAGAAGCAGAAGCAGAAGGUGUUCAUGACCAUGACCAGCCACUCAGCAGCUGCCACGUGGACCAGCCUGCGGCCACCCUGAACCGGGUCCACACCCUCCUCCACCUUGGUGCCACUCUGCUCUUGCUGCGAGCCCGCGCCUCUUCCCUCCGCUCUUGCGGGGGCCGCCCCCUCGCGAUCUUCGCGUCCUCUCUCCUCCUCCUCUCGGCCGAUGCCGUGCUCGCCUUCUUAUGGGCCCUCGGGCAGGCCUUCCGGUGGCGGCCCGUGACGCGCGCCGUGUAUCCGGAUCGGCUCUCGAAAGCGGCGGUCACGCUUCCCGCGGUGGACGUGUUCGUCGUUACAGCCGACCCGGAGAAGGAGCCGGCUGUCAAGGUCAUGAACACGGUGAUGUCGGCGAUGGCGCUCGACUACCCGUCCGACAGGCUCACCGUGUAUCUGUCGGACGACGGGGGUUCGCCAGUAACGUUGUUCGCAGCCAAGGAGGCGUAUCGGUUCGCGAGGGCGUGGGUGCCGUUUUGUCGGCGGUAUAAGAUCGCGACGCGGUGGCCGGAGAAGUACUUUAGCGGCGACGAAGGCGGCGGCGACGGUGAGUUCAGAAAGGAACGGAAAAAGCUUGAGAUUAUGUAUGAAGAUUUUAAGGAGAGCGUAAAAAAGGCGAAGGACAAAGCAAUUGCGAAUGGAGAUUUCGCGAAAACCGCUCGCAAUCGUCCUCCUCGCAUCGAGGUUAUUAAAGAUGAACAAGAAGAGGAACAAGAUGAUCAAAUACCUUCACUAGUUUAUGUUGCUCGCGAAAAGCGAAAGAAUUAUCCUCACCACUUCAAAGCUGGUGCACUAAAUGUUCUUCUUCGCGUCUCGAGCACGAUCAGUAAUUCGCCCUACGUACUGGUGCUGGACUGCGACAUGAGCGCGAACGACGCUCUCUCGCUCCGGCAGGCGAUGUGCUUCCACCUUGAUCCCAGACUGUCCCCUUCCUUGGCCUUUGUUCAGUUCCCUCAGAAGUUCCACAACAUCAGCAGGAAUGACAUUUACUGUGCUGAACUCAGAUCAAUCUUCAAGAUUCUAUGGAAAGGUUGUGAUGGUCUCAGAGGGCCAAUACUCUCUGGAACUGGGUUUUACAUCAGGAGGGAUGCUUUAUAUGGAGCCAAACCAACUCACACAUCAACAAAAGAAGAGUUCAAAUCUAUGGAGAUCUCAGAAUUGAAACAAAGGUUUGGCACCUCAAAUGAGUUCACAGCUUCAUUGAGGGAGAAAAGCAAAAGUGAGCUCAGUAAAAGGAGUGGAGCAUCACACACUGUUCCACAAGAGGCAAUGCGUUUGGCUUCAUGUGCAUAUGAGAGUGAUACUCAAUGGGGUGAACAGGUAGGGUUCUUGUACGGCUCCCUCGUCGAGGACUACUUCACAGGCUUCCACCUCCACUGUCGCGGCUGGACCUCCGCAUACUGCGAUCCGCCACUGAGGCCGGCGUUCUUGGGUAACGCGCCGACCAACUUCCACGACACGCUCGUGCAGCACAAGCGGUGGAUGACCGGCCUACUCGAAGUCGGUGUCUCGAAGUAUUGCCCCCUUAUUUUCGGAAUGCGAAUAAGCUCUUGGCGGUCGACACUUCAAAGCAUGUGCUAUGCUUGGCUUGCGUUUGAUGCACUAUAUGCUUUCCCUUUAUUGGUAUAUGGCAUUGUUCCACAGCUGUGCUUCUCCAAAGGGGUCGCCGUGUUCCCCGCGGCCUCGAGCUCGCAGUUCCCCAUCUUCGCGAUAGUUUACGCAUCAGCGAUGCUUCAACAUCUAGCGGAAGUGAUCGUCUCCCGAAGAACCCUCGCGACGUGGUGGAAUGAGCAGAGAUUCUGGAUGCUGAUUGCAGUCACGAGCUAUCUCUUCGCCUGCGUGGACGUUUUCGCGAAGCUGAUCGGCGCGAGGGCCAUCGACUUCGACGUCACCAACAAGGCGGUUGACGAGUCCCAGAUCAAGAUGUUCGAUGACGGUGUGUUCGACUUCAGAGGGGCGUCGGUGAUCCUCCUCCCUGCGACGACGCUCAGCUUGCUCAACGCGGGGGCGCUAGUGCGCGGAGGAUGGAGAAUGGUUGCAGAGAGCAAGUUCGACGAGCUGUUCGGGCAGCUCUUCCUCAUGUGCUUCGUUUUCGCAAUCAGCUACCCGUUGCUAGAAGGGAUCUUCGUCCGGAGAGAUGCCGGACGAGUCCCGACGCGCAUCACGAUGUGGUCGAUCGCGCUGAGUGCCGCACUGCUGUAUUUGCUUGGUUGAGGGGAGCAUUUUGAUCAGAUUAAAUUCAUAAAAAUUUGGUUUUUACAAAAAAGUAAUCUUCUGUUCUUGAAGUAAUGUAACGUAUAUGGGUUUUUCGUAGCCCCCACAAAACUUCUUUUUUACGGCCCCAGCAAAUUUAUAUUUGCA